UCUAGAGUCCCCAACAUCGUUCGUUUCAAAUAAAAAAGGCAAAAAAAAAUGAUGCAUUCGUUUACUGAGAAAAGGAUGAUGAUACUAUGGAGCUUGUGUUUGAUUUUCUCCCUUUCAUAUUUAGUAGUUGUUUUUCCUUCUCCUGUUAAGCCCUUGUGUCGUCCAGACCAGAGGGAUGCUCUUUGGGAGUUCAAGAGCGAGUUCUAUGUGGAUUCUUUGGAUGGGACGUAUGUUGAGACGAAGCCAUGGAGCUGGAGGAACAACACUGAUUGCUGUUCUUGGGAUGGUAUCUCUUGUGAUCAUAAUACAGGCAUGGUUGAUGUGUUAGACCUCUGGGGAAGUCCUCUUAGUGGCCCUUUGAGAUCAAAUAGUAGUCUGUUCAGACUACAAAAUCUUCAGAGUCUGUAUCUUGGCUCCCAAAACCUUUCGGGUAUUAUACCAGAAUCCGUCGACAACCUCAAAUAUUUGAGGGUUUUGAGUCUUACUAGCUGCAACUUCUUUGGAAAGAUUCCUUCUUCACUGGGAAAUCUUUCUUAUCUCAAAGAGCUCGAUCUUUCUGGAAAUGAAUUCACCGGUGAACUACCAGAUUCGUUAGGCAACCUAAAGCAACUCAGCAAGUUGAAUCUUGCAACAACCAAUAUUGGUGGGAACUUUCCUCGUCAGCUACUCAAUUUGAGCGAGCUCACAUGGAUCAACCUUGAAUCUAGCCAGUUCAAAGGUAUGCUCCCAUCUAACAUGAGUAGCCUCUUGAAAUUAGAGUAUUUUGAUAUUAGUGGAAAUUCAUUUUCUGGAUCCAUUCCUUCGACUCUCUUAGCGAUCCCUUCGUUGAUCCACCUUAGGAUGAGAAGAAACAAAUUCAGUGGUCCUCUUGAAAUUGGGAAUAUCUCUUCACCAUCUAGAUUUAAAACUUUAUACCUUGGAAAAAACAAUUUCAGUGGUCCAAUCCCCGGAUCUUUAUCAAAUCUAGUCGGCCUGAAGUUACUUGACCUCUCUUUCUGGAAUACAAGGGGUAGCAUGGUCGAUUUCAGCAUAUUCUUGCAUCUCAAGUCACUUACGUUUCUUGAUCUCUCGUAUAUGAACACAAGAAACGUGGUUGACUUGAAUCUUUUCUCACAUCUCAUGUCACUUCGAGACUUGGAUCUUUCAGGGAUUAAUUUGAAGAUUAGUGAAAGUAUCCAUCUUUCCUCAUCCAUAGAAUUAUUGGUUCUAUCAUCCUGCAAUGUUUUUGAGUUUCCUGAGUUUAUAAAAAACAGAACCAAUUUGUAUUACUUGGACAUUUCUUCCAAUCAAAUUGGAGGUCAGGUACCAGAGUGGUUAUGGAGACUGCCAGUGCUGCGGUAUGUAAACAUUUCUCAUAAUUCCUUUAGUGGGUUUCAAGGAUCAGUGGAUGUUAUUCAAGGAUCUACAACACAAAAGCUUGAUAUAAGUUCAAACACAUUUCGGGAACCAUUUCCUUUGUUACCAACAUCUAUGAUGUACUUUACAGGAUCUUAUAAUCAGUUUUCAGGAGAGAUUCCUUGGCAAAUAUGCGAACUGGUUGAUCUUGAUACACUAGUUUUAUCCAACAACAACUUCAGCGGUUCUAUUCCUCGGUGCUUUGAGAAAUUUAAAUUUUCUCUUUCGAUCUUGCAUCUCCAGGGUAACAGUCUUUCUGGCAUUAUUCCAGAGGAAUAUAUCAGUGAUUCGCUGAUAUCACUUGAUAUUGGUGGAAACCAAUUAUCAGGAGAACUCCCCAAGUCUCUUAUCAAUUGCAGUCGCCUCAAGUUUAUGAACAUGGAAGAUAACAAGAUCAAUGACACAUUUCCUUUCUGGUUGAGUUUUUUGCCCAAUCUAGAGAUUCUUGUCCUUCGGUCUAACCAGUUCCAUGGGCCAAUCUCUUUUAUUGGAGAUUCUUUGAGUUUCCCAAAGUUACGGAUAUUUGACAUUUCGGCAAAUUUCUUUACUGGAGUUUUGCCAUCAGAUUAUUUUGCGGGUUGGAGUGUAAUGUCAUCGGUCAUUGACAUUGUAAAUACUCUACCUAGUACGUUUGCCGGACGUCGCUUAGAAUACUAUCACAACUCAGUGGGUCUGACGAACAAAGGAAUGAAGAUGGAGCUGGUUGGGAGUGUUUUCACAAUGUACAAAACUAUUGAUGUCUCUGGAAACAGACUAGAAGGAGACAUUCCAAAAUCAGUCGGUUUACUCAAAGAGCUGAUUGUGCUCAACAUGUCUAACAAUGCUUUCACAUACCACAUUCCGCCAUCGCUAGGGAACUUGACCAAUCUCCAAUCACUAGAUCUGUCUCAUAACGGUCUAUCAGGCGCAAUCCCACCAGAGCUCGGAAAACUCACAUUUCUGGCGUGGAUGAACUUCUCUUACAACGGGCUUGAAGGUCCGAUACCACAAGGAACACAAAUUCAGAGCCAAAAUAGUUCUUCAUUCGCUGAGAAUCCCAGGCUAUGUGGUGCGCCUCUCCAAGUAACAUGCGGCGGAGAAAAAGAAGAAGAAGCAACGAAACAAGAGAAAGAAGAUGAAAAAAUUGAAGAACAAGAUCAAGUACGGAGCUGGAUUGCAGCUGCAAUAGGUUAUACAUCAGGUGUUGUGUGUGGACUCACCAUCAGUCACAUCCUCAUUUCAUAUAAACGUGACUGGUUCAUAAAGAUCAUUCACUCUUAAUCCAAGCAUCACUUCAUACGUGGAUAGCGUUUCCUUGCAAUAAUAUAUAAACCAGUAAGCUUUUGUCUCAACUUUUUUAAUGCUUGUUAUAAAUCAUAUGUGUCAGUCUUCUCUUCCGACAUCCUAUUGUCUUAAAGCGUAACUUGGAUCUGUGUAUUAUGGUUUACAUUGAAAGUAAUCAUUUCUUUCUUCUA